GCCGCUCCCCCGUUGCUCUCCGCCUCUCCCCUGCCGGUCGGCGGCCAUGGCGGCGGCGCACGUGCUCGUCUUCCCGUUCCCGCUGCAGGGACACAUCAACUGCAUGCUCCACUUCGCCACGGCCCUCGUCGGCGCCGGCGUCCACGUCACGUUCCUCCACACCGAGCACAACCUCCGCCGCCUCGGCGGCCGUGCUUCUGCCUCCGCUCCGGCCGGGUCGUCGCCGCGGAUCCGCUUCCUGUCCAUCCCCGAUGGGCUCCCCGACGACCACCGCCGCUCGGUGGCUGACCUUUUUGAGCUGUUCAAGUCCCUGGCGGCGGAGGCCAUAGGCCCGUUCCGCGCUCUGCUCGCGCCGUCACCCACCACGGGGAGCCCUGCUGCUGACGUCAGCGUCGACCCCACGAGCGGCUUCCCGCCGGUGACGUGCCUUGUCGCCGACGGCUUGCUUCCUUGGGCCUUGGACGCUGCCGAGGAGCUCGGCGUCCCGGCGGUCGCCUUCCGCACGGUCAGCGCCUGCAGCUUCCUGGCAUACCUGUCCGUUCCCAAGCUUUUCGAGCUGGGCGAGCUCCCUUUCCCUGCUGGUGGCGCCGGCCUCGACGAACCAGUGCGUGGCGUUCCGGGAAUGGAGAGCCUCCUGCGGCGGCGAGAUCUCCCAAGCCUCUGCCGCCGCCCCAACGAGACCGACGACGUCGGCCCCGCGCAGCAAGCGCUCGCCAAGCUCUCCGCCGACAGCGGCAAGGCGCGGGCGCUCAUACUCAACACGGCCGCCUCCUUGGAGCAGUCGGCGCUUGCGCACGUCGCGCCGCGUAUGGGCGACUUGUUCGCCGUCGGCCCUCUCAACGCCAUGUCGUCGCCGGCGCCGGCGUCCAGCCUGUGGAGCGAGGACGACGGGUGCAUCGCGUGGCUCGACGGCCAGGCAGACCGGUCCGUCGUGUACGUGAGCUUUGGGAGCCUCGCGGUCAUCACGCGCGAUCAGUUCACGGAGUUCCUGUACGGCCUUGUCGCCGCCGGCUACCCCUUCCUCUGGGUGCUUCGGCCGGACAUGGUGGAGGCGGGGCAGGACGCCGCCCUCCGAGAAGCUGUCGGGGGCGCCGGAGGCAGCAGCAAGGCCCACGUCGUGGCGUGGGCGCCGCAGCGAGACGUGCUGCGGCACCGCGCCGUGGGUUGCUUCCUAACGCACGCCGGGUGGAACUCGACGCUGGAGGCCGCCGUCGAGGGCGUGCCGACGGUGUGCUGGCCGUUCUCCGCGGACCAGCAGAUCAACAGCCGGUUCGUGGGCGCCGUGUGGAAGACAGGGCUGGACAUGAAGGACGUGUGCGACAGAGCCGUGGUGGAGAAGACGGUGAGGGAGGCGAUGGAGUCCGCCGAGAUCAGGCGGUCGGCGCAGGCUCUGGCGCAGCAGGUGAGGCGCGACGUCGCAGCCGGAGGGUCGUCGGCGACGGAGUUCGAUCGGUUGGUCAAGUUUAUCAAGAAGCUUAGCACGUCUUCGACUUAGCCAUUGGUCUUGAUCUUAACCAUGCUAGCUUAUCAAAACAUACAUUGUCAUUACAAAAUUGGCGGAUCAUUUGCAACGCUGAACCUCGUUUAAAGGUACCCUGUCUCGGUGUCGUUUCUUGUA